AGUCUGCUGAUUUACUGUGGUUGAAUCUCAAUUUACUACAUGCUCCCUAAACUUGUCCACUUACCAAGACUAUAAAGUAACACCUUACCAAGUGCACUUGAAAUCCACUAAACAGCUUUUUGAGCAUACGGCGCAGGCACAUGCGACGUGACGACAGUAUUUACGUGAAACGCCCCCGUAUCCGAUUGGUUCAAUAGGGUUCAAAGGUUAAAAGUGGGUGGGAUUAUACUUCAAACCCAACUUUCGACUUCCUCUAGUGUGGUGUCGUAAUCGCAAUAUUACCAUGUUAUUUAAGUCUCUGUUAUUCGGAGCUUGCGGUCUUGGCGCACUUGGAGUUGCAACGUAUAAAUUUGCCCCAACCCAGAUCCCAGCAGCAGCUUUUCAUUCCGUGGUUAGGAAAUCGGCUCUCGUGGAGCAGUCCAGCAUGAAGAUAGAGCUGUUGCCUGCACUCACUGACAACUACAUGUACCUCCUCAUUGAUGAGGCCACAAAAGAGGCAGCCAUCGUGGACCCAGUAGAGCCUGCGAAGGUUGUUGAAGCUGUGAAGAAGCAUGGUGUGACACUCAAAUCUAUUCUAACCACACAUCAUCACUGGGACCAUGCUGGUGGAAAUGAGAAGAUGGUGAAGUUGGUCCCUGGGCUGACUGUGUAUGGAGGUGAUGACAGAAUAGGAGCCCUGACCAAAAAAGUAACACAUUACAACACUUUCAAAGUGGGCUCGCUGAAUGUAAAGUGUUUGUUUACACCGUGCCAUACAAGUGGACACAUCUGCUACUUUGUGACCUCAGAAAAGGGCUCUGAAACCCCGGCAGUGUUUACAGGGGACACCCUGUUUGUGGGAGGCUGUGGAAAGUUCUUUGAGGGUACAGCUGAGGAAAUGUACAAAGCUUUGGUAGACAUUCUGGGGCGACUUCCUCCUGAGACACAUGUGUACUGUGGUCAUGAGUAUACAAUCAACAAUUUAAAAUUCGCUCGCCACGUUGAACCAGAUAACGCUGCCAUCCACAGAAAACUGGCAUGGGCUAAGGAGAAAUACAAUAACGGAGAGCCAACCAUUCCUUCCACGAUGGCAGAUGAGUUCACGUUCAACCCCUUCAUGAGAGUCAGUGAGAAAUCAGUACAGAUGCAUGCUGGGACAAGUGACCCCAUAGACACGAUGAGGAGUAUCCGGAAAGAGAAGGACGGCUUCAGAGUGCCCAAGGACUGAACUUGAGCUUUCAAUGCACUGAGGAAAUUCUCCAUUACAAUGCAUCUUAAGGCACUUCAUAUUCUUACUAACACAAACUGGGCUAUACACAGGAAUGAAAACAUUUAUUUAUAAGCUCCUUUAGGGGUAGGAUUUGAUUUAAAUGUUGUGUUUUUCUCUGGCCAGCUUGUUGUUCAACUUGACCAUCACAUGCCAGGGAUGGCCUUAGAGCUGCACUGAAGUAUUUAGCUAACUUGGCUCAUCUGCUGCUUAUCAUAUGUAAUAUAAUAAGUUAUUUUAUGAUUUUAUUGUUAGAGCUGAGAACCAUGAAGCUUUGCAGUGUUAUGGCACCUUAAGAGUUUGAUUUGGAUUAAUAUUUAUGCAGUGGAAAGCGUUAAAUCCAGCAAGUCGCAUAUCAUGGUUUUAUGUUUAAGGUACUAAUUAGUGGCACCUACAGAAUCUGCAUAAGGCAUACUAACAGUUUGCCAGAGUUGCAAAAAAAAUUGGUUUCAAACCUUUUUCUCUGAAUUGUUUAGUUUGGUAAAGGGUGGGGAACUAGAUGGUUCUAAUUAAAAAAAAAAUAGGUAGGAUUGUUGAAAGCAGGGAUCCUUAAUUAAUAAACACGUCUUAAUGUGCAAUGUGUUUUUUAUUUUUGUUAAUUGAAGAAGGCUGUUUUAAGAUGGCAGGUGGUUAUGAUCUUUGUGUUGGAAGUUAAAAUGCAUUUACAGGCUUCCAGACCAUAUGCAUGGUCAGAUAUGGGACAUUCAAAUCUUUAAAGUUCUUUCAUAUAGAGGCAUCUGUUGUUAUGCCCUAAUUAUAAUUGUACCCUUUCUUGCACUUUCUGAUAUAUCUGACCUGAUCAAUAAAGUGUCUGGGAGAACCAGCAUCUUUACAGUUCUAA